AUGUUGGAGCUGAACGAAGGUUACAACCCUCUGAUCACAUGCGACGCCCAGCAAAACGGCGGCCGCGCAGCGCCUGUGUUGUUGAGGAUCCGGGACGCUGGCCCGCGGGCGUCUUGGUCUUCCUCACCGCUGCGAAAUCGCGUCACCUACCGCUACUGGCGGAUUCAGGAGGUGCUGAAGCACGCCAAGCACUUCCGGGGGGGAACGGGGUGCGGGAGAAAUUGCUGCUACAGGUUGGCGGUCAGAGCCGGGACUCUAGCCUUUGUGAAAUGCACCAAAACCGGAAACCUGAAGAAGAGGAUCAUGAAGACCCUCUGGAUUAAUCGAAUUACAGCUGCUACCCAGGAACACGGCCCGAAGUACCUAGCGUUCACUGGCAAUUUAAUUAAGUGCCAGGUGGAGCGCCACAAGAAAGUCCUAGCGGAUCUGGCUGUCUAUGAACCAAAGACUUUUACAUCUUUGGCUGCGUUGGCCAAUAGGAGGCGACAGGAAGAAUUUGCUGCUGCCUUGGGAGAUAGGAAGGCAGCAUUUUUUUCCAGAAUGGUACAGCACCGCUGAGGACCGUUGCUGUAUUGACUAGGAGAAGACACAGAGUAAUUUGCAGUUUAUUUGAUUUGUACUUGUGUUUAUCCACAUUCC